AAACAAUUAAAUAUAAUCAUUUGUACUUUGUCCACAACUUAAGUUUGCAAACAUGAAAUUGGUGAUCGUCUGUCUAGUGUGUCUGGCUAUAAUUGUGGAAGGGCAAUUGCCGCAUAGCAACAUAUGUCGUCACGGCACUGCGGGCACCUGUCUUGGCUACACAAAUCAGCAGUGUCCUCCUAACAGCGAGUGUCGCCGUGUAUCAGGAACGUAUGGGGUUUGCUGCAGACUGUCUAACACGAAUCCAGGAGGAGGAUGUCGAUGCGAUAAUGGUCAGCGCGGGAGAUGUGGUGGCUUCCAGGGUCUUAGAUGUCCGCGAGGCACCACAUGCAGUUGCAAGGGACCUAUUGCCCACGACGGAUUCGGGAAAUGCUGCAUUAACCGACCUGGGAACGGUUACUAGCGAUUUUGACAGAAAGGAUCUUUGCGCAAUAUUUCUUCAGCACUUGUUUUGUUUAUUAUUUUUAAAUAAAUUACCAAAAUACUCUC